GGCCACUACCAGUCCUUGGUCCUCACUAAAGGACGGUGUGCCCCUGUCCGUGCUGGCAUGACGACACUGGACCGACCCUGAGCCCCCCCAGGCAAAGUUCGUUCUUCUGCUCCGCCAUCUUCAUUAUUGCAUUACGCAUUGGCUCUUUCUCUUUUCCGUCUUCGCUGCCCAACAGAGGCAAAAGCUGGACGGCGCAGGAAAACCUCCGAGUCUCCUCCUCGCCGCUGCAACUAACAAACAACCAAAAGUACUUAACCAGCAAACACCAUGACGGCUGGCCUAUGAACAAGCCUCUCUCCAACCCCCCACUACUGUUGUUACAACCCCUUUCUGAACGCAUUCCUUAACCGGCUGGUCGCAGUUAUCUUCCGCUGCUGCGCUCCUCGAUCCUCACUCUUCUCCCUUUGGUUCGCGCAACCCCAUCACAAUCCCUUGCCAUGGCGCCCCUCGACGACGUCCAGGUGGGCGACCUGGUCAAUGUCCCCGGCGGCAUGUACGGGACGGUCAAAUACCUCGGAGGUGUGGCGGGCAAGCCUGGAAAGUUUGCUGGCAUUGAGCUGGCGUCGGAGCAUGCCCGGCGAGGGAAAAACAACGGCGACGUCGAGGGCAGGAAAUACUUUUCCACCUCCGUCCCCGGCUCGGGCAUCUUUGUGCCCAUGAACAAUAACAAAUAUGUCACGAAGCGUUUGUCAGGUCCAACCUCGACGGGGAGCGGCGGCCCUCCCACCCCCUCUCGACCCAUCAAUUUCAGCAAAUCCGUCGGUCCUGGUCCCGCAAUGCGCCCACCUCGCGUGAGGCGCCCUUCUCUUCCCCGCCCGGAAUCCCCCAGAGGACCACCGCCAUCCAAGAUGACCCUGACCGGACUGCGGACCCCAUCGGCGGCGGCCUCCCGCGGUGCCCCGUCCAGCAGCUACCCACGCAGUCCGGUCAAGGCCCCCUCACGCGCCUCGGAUCGACCCCCAUCCCGUGUGAGCCGAGUGAGCACCGAGGAUGAUAUUCCCUCUACUUCUACGAGAACAUCGGAAGUGCGCCGGUCAUCGAUGGAAGCAGAGGUGCAGGACUUGAAGGAUCACAUUAAGAGCCUAGAGAACCAGCUACUGGACCGUGAUAAACAGUUGGAUGAACAAGCUGCCACCCUCUCGGAUUUCCAGAGGACCCUGGAGGAACUGGAAGGGUCGGAUUCCCUGUCCAUUCGAGCCCAAUUGCGUGAACGAAAUGAGAGAAUUGCCCAACUGACCGCUGAGUUUGACUUGCAUCGGGCGGACUUUAGAAGCACACUGGACACGUUAGAGGUGGCCGCAUCGGAGACGGAGCGAGUCUACGAGCAGCGGCUGGAUGAGUUGAUGCAGCAGAACAAGGAACUCCAGGACCGUGGGGAAGAUGUCGAGGUGGUUGCGCGACAGCUCAAGCAGUUGGAGGAAUUGGUCUCCGAGUUGGAGGAGGGCCUGGAGGACGCACGGCGCGGGGAAGCCGAGGCCAGGGCGGAGGUGGAAUUCUUGCGCGGGGAAGUCGAGCGGACCAAGCUUGAGCUCCAGAAAGAGCGAGAUUCGAAAGAUACCCAUGCAACUGGCGAUGGAUCACACCAUUCGAAAGAGCUCGAACAGAAGGAUGAUGAAAUCCGUGGUCUAAAAGCCAUCAUCCACUCCUUGAGCCGGGGUGACCCCGACUUGCAUGCCUUGCAGCAGAGUGGAUUUGGAACCAACGCGCCGGAUCACGAUUCUGAACAUGUUGCUCACCUGGAACAGCGUGUUGAGGAAUACGAGCGCCUCACGGAACAUAAGACAUACCGCAUCGAAGAACUAGAACGUGAGCUCCAGCAGCUGCAGCUAAACGGCGACGCUCAGGCCCACGCCUCCAGUGUCACCCCGUCGCCGAGCAGCCACAAAGCGCCCAGCUCCAAUGGAAAGCUUACCAACGGUGGCACGAUCGGCCAUGCGCAUCGGCUGUCCGAUCGGACUGUCGUACCGAGUGACUGGCAAGAUUCGCCUCCGCAUGAGGGCCAAUACCAGGCGUACUCCCGCCACCGUGAGACAAUGCACGAAUCGGACGGCCGCUCCGAGGACGACGGCUCAUUGUGGUGCGAGAUCUGUGAAACCGGAGGGCACGAUAUUUUGACCUGCACCAACAUGUUCAGCGCCGAGAGCAAGAACAAGGCCCCGGAGGAUGUGGAGCCAACUCCUGAUGACAGCUCGAUCGAUGAGAAGCCAACGCCGGAGGCUUCCACGGCUGAUCCGUCUACCUCCUCACAUGUGGAUGAGAAUACGCCCCCUCACAAGUCCGGCCGUGACGUCCUCGAGGGUCUGAAUGGGAACGGUGUGUCCCUCACCAUGGGCUCUGUUGCCGGAAAGGAAAGCGGGGUGGUUGACGAGUCGAAGUGGCAUCACUCCGGAACUCUCGGCGGCUGCACCAACUCCCCCUCCGCAUACUUCGUCUGCGCCACAGUUCCGCACGCCUUACACGUCCGUUUCUCUAGAUCGGCCCCAAACUCCUCCACGACAUCUUUCACCUGGGUGCCCAAAUCCGUACACACAAACCGUUUCUCCCACACAAUCUCCCCGCAAUUCUUACAAUACCACAGCAUCGUAUCGACCGCGUUUUCCGGGCGCGGCUGCUCCAUCACCACCCCCACGGAAUCCUUGAACCGCACGGGAGAGUGGGUCCGUUCGGGCGUUGGGGCCGCCGACGAUCAUUACGGUGUAGCCCGCUGUCGAGGGGGAGGAGGGGUGGUAGACGCAAUCUCCCAGAUCCGUCCUUCGUCGCCGACGAAUCCCGGUCUCGCUCCGCAUGAAAUCUCGUUCCUUCGUCUCCUGGAGUCCAUCACCAAUGGCUCUCAGAUGGAGAUCUCGUACACGGGUACGAUUCUGGUGUACAAGCCCGGCCUCAUCACGGGUAGUACUGCAGGCACGGCGGCCAGCACUGGUGGUGUGGUUCGACACGAGCUCCCCGCCGGGUGCAAUCGUGGCGUGAGUUAUUAUCUGCUGCCUCUGUGCCUCUUGGCACCCUUUUCCAAGGCCCCGGUCAAGGUCCUCUUUACUGGUCCGGGUGUGAUCACCUCGGCCACUCCGACAGGUGACAUGUCCGUGGACAGUGUGCGAACCGCCAUUCUGCCCCUCUACAACCAAUUUGGAAUCUUCAACAAUAUCGAGCUGCGUAUCCUGCGACGAUCGAACCCUGGACCGAAUGGCCGCGGAGGUGGUGGAGAAGUUCAGUUGGUGUUUGGCCACCAGCUCCGGCUGCCGAAGACGCUUCACCUCAUGAACGCGGGUAGGAUCAAGAAGGUCCGCGGUGUGGCUUACUCCGUCGGGGUGUCUGCAUCCAAUAACGCGAGAAUGAUCGAAACCGCCCGUGGCAUCCUGAAUCCACUCGUCCCCGACACCUAUGUCUUCUCUGAUGUGUCGUCGGCCCCGUUCGUGCCUGCCCCUGAGAAGAACAACCCCUCCGGCAAGAAGAAGAUUGGCCUUGGAUUUGGACUCUCAUUGGUGGCCGAGUCGUCUACGGGCUGCCUGUUCUCUGCCGAUGUGGCGUCUCCUCCCGGCGGCGGCGAAGCGCCCGAGGAUAUUGGGAAGCAAUGUGCCUACCAGCUGCUGGAGGCCGUUUCGAAAGGCGGCUGCGUUGCCCCUGCGGCUGUUCCGACCAUGCUGGGUCUGAUGACGAUGGGAUCCGAAGAUGUUGGACGAAUCCAAGUCGGUCGCGAUGUGAUCGCCGACGAGAGCACCAUCCAAUUGGCCCGGGACCUGACCAAGUUCGGCGCUCCGGGUUGGGGUCUGAGAGACGCGAGUGGGGAGAAUGAAAAUGGGGACGUGAUCAUCAGCGUGGUGGGACGGGGCAUUGGCAAUGUCGGCCCCUCACAAUCUCUGUGCGUCCUGUUUCAGUGUCAGGCCAACUUGCAUCGGAUUGCCCAAUGUGAGCGCCGGAUGCCGCCCCCUGGCGACAGCGGUGUAUCACGUAGGCGCAAGGGGAGGCAAGGUUUCAUAUCCACCGAGGACGACUGCCGACCACGUCAUUUCUAAUAAAAGCUGCAUUUCGUCGUCGCCCUCCGACUUUCACGUUUUCUUGUCGCCAAGUUGCGCCGCUCACCUGGUCAUGUGCCACGUGGCUGAGAUGGCGCCCAGCCGACAGCUGUCGGCCGCACACCGCAGCCCGGAUUCUGUCACUUUGGAUGUCCAUCUCCUGGGGCGAUCGGGUGCCCCUGAUGGGGAGAUGGUGCUAUCGUGAGGCAGUCUGUUGUUCGUAAUUCUGUGAUACCCUCUGUUGUUUGGUGUGUGAAGCUUCCACCUCACCCGGGAGCCCUGGAUGAUCAAAUCGGAUCGGCAGUUCGGAGUAGGGUUUGCUGGCUGCGGCCUAACCGACAUGCCUGCAGCUAGUUUAAGUUUCUGAGACGAGAAUGGAUCGUCGUUCUGUACAUAGAUAGUCUGAAUAUAAGAAGCUCGGCUUGUCCUGUUCCCGG